CCGGAAGGCGAGCGCUUCGCUGGAGCUGUUGCAGCCGUUUGCCCCAGGGCGCUCUCCGAGGCGGCUCCCCCCACCGCGCCCUCCGCAGCCCGAGCUCGCGCCUUCGGCUUGCCGACCGCACAGCUGCGCGGCCCAGCCCGCCGAGCCCCGCCACGCCCGGCCGCUCCCUCCCUCCGCACUGCAGUUAGGCCGCGCCCUGAGGCCCAGUCCGCGGCGACUCCGGCGGGCGAUGCCAAAUACAGCCAUGAAGAAAAAGGUGCUGCUGAUGGGGAAGAGUGGGUCGGGAAAGACCAGCAUGAGGUCGAUUAUCUUUGCAAAUUAUAUUGCUCGCGACACCCGGCGCCUGGGCGCCACCAUUGAUGUGGAGCACUCCCACGUCCGGUUCCUGGGCAACCUGGUGCUGAACCUGUGGGACUGUGGCGGUCAGGACACCUUCAUGGAAAAUUACUUCACUAGCCAGCGGGACAACAUCUUCCGGAACGUCGAGGUGUUGAUUUACGUGUUUGACGUGGAGAGCCGCGAACUGGAAAAGGACAUGCAUUACUACCAGUCGUGUCUGGAGGCCAUCCUCCAGAACUCGCCCGAUGCCAAAAUCUUCUGCCUGGUGCACAAAAUGGAUCUGGUUCAGGAGGAUCAGCGUGACCUGAUUUUUAAAGAGCGAGAGGAAGACCUGAGGCGUUUGUCUCGACCACUGGAGUGCGCUUGUUUUCGAACAUCCAUCUGGGAUGAAACGCUCUACAAAGCCUGGUCCAGUAUUGUCUAUCAGCUGAUUCCCAAUGUCCAGCAGCUGGAGAUGAACCUAAGGAACUUUGCCCAAAUUAUUGAGGCCGAUGAAGUGCUGCUGUUCGAGAGAGCCACGUUCUUGGUCAUUUCCCAUUACCAAUGCAAAGAGCAGCGCGACGUCCACCGAUUUGAGAAGAUCAGCAACAUCAUUAAGCAGUUCAAGCUGAGCUGCAGUAAAUUGGCCGCUUCUUUCCAGAGCAUGGAGGUUAGGAAUUCUAACUUCGCGGCUUUCAUCGACAUCUUCACAUCGAACACGUACGUGAUGGUGGUGAUGUCGGAUCCGUCGAUCCCGUCAGCAGCUACUCUGAUCAAUAUUCGCAAUGCCAGGAAACACUUUGAGAAGCUGGAGAGAGUGGAUGGUCCCAAGCACAGCCUCCUUAUGCGUUGAAUAUUGCCAAAUGCCCUUUCUGAAAAUGCUGAAUUGCCUCCCCCCCCCCCCCCCCGCGCAUCCUUUUAGUAUUCAUGUCGUGUGCUUAAACGUGGGCUUUGAAAUGUGUGCUGCUUACUACUUCCACCUCUUUCUUUCCUAAGCCCCAUUCUUUAAACCUUGAACGCUAUUUACUGUUCUAUGGUUGAGCUUCAAGAUGGCCUUUCUGAAAAGUUGGUAUGGUAUAACACUAAAGUAGGUGAGGUGUGUGUGUGUGUGUGUGUGUGUUUGUGUGUUGAUUACCUGGUUAUAAUAGAUAAACACAUCAAAGCCUUUACAAUAUCUUCCUGUAUUCCUUACAAGAUUGCAAAGAUGGAAUGUUACUAUUUUAUGAGCAAGGUAUUAAAGUGCAUUUAUAAAUUC